AUGUUUUCCUCUCUGUUUUGGGCCAUUGGGCUGCUCUCUGUCCUCGUCCAUGGACAGGUGGCAUCGCAGUGGUACGAUUCCUUGACAGGUGUAACCUGGCAGAGAUACUAUCAACAAGAUUUCGAUGCGAGCUGGGGAUACCUCUUCCCCUCUUCAGCUGGUGGAGCUGCGACAGAUGAAUUUAUUGGAAUCUUCCAAGCACCGGCCAAUUCUGGCUGGAUCGGGAACAGUCUGGGAGGUGGAAUGCGCAAUGCCCCUUUGAUUGUAGGCUGGGUCGAUGGCACGACUCCCAGGAUAUCCGCUCGAUGGGCAACUGACUAUGCCCCACCUUCGAUCUAUUCUGGACCUCGUCUGACUAUACUAGGAUCGUCUGGUUCCAACGGCCAAAUCCAACGUAUCGUUUAUCGUUGCCAGAACUGUACAUCUUGGUCCGGUGGCGGCAUCCCCUCUACUGGAAGCUCGGUGUUGGGAUGGGCUUUCCAUGCCACUCUCCAACCGCUGACCCCAUCUGACCCCAACUCUGGCCUCUACAGGCAUUCAGCUGCAGGCCAACACGGCUUCGACCUCGGUACCCGCACCAGUUCCUACAACUACUUCUUGCAACAGUUGACCAAUGCUCCACCUCUUUCUGGGGGUGCGCCUACGCAGCCACCAACUUCCCAGCCUCCGACUCCUACAACCCCGCCACCUCAGCCACCACCAAGCUCGACUUUUGUGUCAUGCCCUGGGGCACCCAAUCCGCGGUACCCAAUUAACGUCGUCUCAGGCUGGCGAGCAGUCCCCGUCCUGGGAAGUCUCUCUGAGCCUCGUGGUAUAACCAUGGAUACUCGAGGCAAUCUUCUUGUUCUCCAACGUGGCCGUGGUUUGUCGGGCCACACUCUCGAUGCCAAUGGAUGUGUUACCAGCUCGAAGAUGGUCAUUCAAGACUCGGCGAUUAACCAUGGUGUUGACGUUCAUCCUGCUGGAAAUCGCAUUAUUGCCAGCUCAGGGGACAUUGCCUGGUCUUGGGAUUACGAUCCGGUAACAAUGACCACCAGUAACAAGAGGACCUUGGUCACUGGCAUGAACAACAACUUCCACUUCACUCGCACCAUCCUGAUCUCUAAGAAAAACCCCAACAUUUUCGCGAUCAAUGUUGGUUCGGCGUCGAACAUCGACGAACCAACGCGACAGCCGGGAUCUGGGAGAGCUCAGAUCCGGGUCUUUGAUUACAACAACCUUCCAGCCUCUGGAACGACGUUUACUAGCUCAUAUGGACGAGUCCUCGGAUACGGGCUGAGGAACGACGUUGGCAUAGCUCAAGAUAGGGCCGGAAAUUUCUGGAGCAUUGAAAACUCACUCGACGAUGCCUACCGCAUGAUCAAUGGUCAAAGGCGCGACAUUCAUAUCAAUAAUCCCGCGGAAAAAGUGUACAACCUUGGAGAUCCUGCAAAUCCUAGAUCUCUGUUUGGCGGUUAUCCUGACUGUUACACUAUCUGGGAGCCAGCAGACUUUAAUGAUAGCACGAAACGGGUCGGCGAUUGGUUUACGCAAACAAAUAGCGGGCAGUAUAACGACGCUUAUUGCAACAGCAACACCACCGCGAAACCUGUUGUUCUGCUGCCGCCGCACACAGCUCCCCUGGACUUCAAGUUCGGCGUCGGGAAUGAUAGUAAUUUAUACGUCCCCCUUCACGGAAGCUGGAAUCGUCAGCCUCCGCAGGGCUACAAAGUGGUAAUUGUCCCUGGUCGGUGGUCAGCGAGCGGUGAAUGGUCUCCCACCGUUUCUCUCGCAGAGACCAAAAAUUCGUGGAGUACUUUAAUCUCCAACGUCGAUGAAACACGCUGCUCAGGAUUCGGAAAUGCCAACUGCUUCCGGCCAGUCGGUCUUGUCUUCAGCCCAGACGGACAAAACCUUUAUGUUACCAGCGACAGUUCCGGUGAAGUUAUCCUCGUCAAGAGGCUCUCUGGGCCUACCAACCCUGGACAGCCACCUACAAUCACGACUCAACCGGGAACCCCCACAUCACAACCACCUGUUCAGCCGCCGACCACCAUUGCUCCCCCUCAGGCUACGCAGACCAUGUAUGGACAGUGUGGCGGUCAAGGCUGGACUGGACCGACCCUGUGUCCUGCCAACGCUGUUUGUCGGGCGUCCAACCAAUGGUAUUCUCAGUGUGUUCCUGCAUAA